AUGAGUUCACCCCUCUCAAAAGAGCUCAGGCAGAAAAACAAUGUCAAAAGUAUGCCCAUCAGAAAGGAUGAUAAAGUUGCCGUUGUUCGUGGACACUACAAGGGACAGCAGACAGGAAAGGUGACUCAAGUCUACAGAAAGAAAUUUGUAGUCUACAUAGAACGAAUCCAGCGUGAAAAAGCAAACGGCGCAACUGUCAAUGUUGGUAUCCAUCCUUUAAAAGUUGUCAUUGUUAAGCUGAAACUGGACAAGGAUCGCAAGAAGAUUCUGGAAAGAAAAUCCAUGAGCAGAGCCAAGGCUCUGGCAGAGAAGGGCAAGUACACAGAGGAAACCAUGGAAAGCUGA